CGAUACGGUUCGGUCCCUCGUGCACCCGAACGCCACGGUGAUCGCACACGGUCGCACCCUCACCGCACCCCAUCGACCGCAUCGCGCCCUCACCGCCGCCAUGGACUACGCCGCUCACGCCGCCGCCGCGGCGCCGCAGGCCGCCGAUCCCCGUGCGACCUACCCUCCUGGCUACCCCUACGCCUACGCCUACCCGGCGUACCACUACCCCGAUCCCGCCGCCGCCGCCCCCUCCGCCCCCACCCCCGCCUCCGCCGCCCAGUCCUCCUACUACUACUCCAACCCUGCCGCCCAGGCUAUCACGGGGGCGCAGUACAACCCGUACACCAGCCAGUACCACUACUACGGCGCCCCGGCGACGGAUGGGGGAAGCGGCCUCGCUGAUUACUACUUCACCGGCGGCGAGGCCUCUCAGGCCCCGUCGGCGGCUCAGACUGCUCCGGCGGCGUCGGCGGCCGCGGCGGCUGGAAGAGAGGCGGUGAAGCACUUCGGGUUCGAUCCCCAACGCUACGCCCAGGUAGCAGCUGCGAAAGCUCCAAACGGAGUGGCACCAACAGCUGCAGCCACGGUCAUGCAUCAUGCUCAGUGGAAUGCCCAUUUUGGACAUCCUCUGCCGACAAACGUUCGGAGGAGUUUCAGGAAGAAAACUCCAAAGGUUGUGCAGCCAUUACUCUGUGAAGUCUGCAAGAUCCAGUGCGACACCAUGGAGGUUCUCUUGAUCCAUAAAACAGGUCAGAAGCACAAGAAGAAUCUGCAGAAGUUACAAGACGCGAUCACGCCUCAACCAGCAAAGCCUCCGAACAGCGGUGUUGCAGCAAACACAGCACCUCCUGCUGCCGCCGCCACUGCUGAUGGCGUGGUGCCGGCUGUACAGCCAAAGAAGAACAAGAGCUCCAACGCAUCCCCAGCAGACUUGGAGGUGAAGAAGAGGCGGGUGAUCGAGGCUGGAGCGGCUCAUGGCGAAAUGAAGAUCUGCACAGCGUGCAACGUCGUCGUCAACAGCCAGAAGGUCUACGAGUUCCACCUGGCCGGGCAGAAGCACAAGGCCAAUGUACUUAAGCAGCAGAAGCAGCAGCAGCAGCAGCAGCAGCAGCAGCAACAGCAAGUGCAGCUUCAGCAUGUCGCCUGAGACGACGAGAGCGGCUCUUCUCUCGGCGUUCUCCCGGUCUUUAUUUCCUGUCCUUCCAGAGGAUCAACAGAAACCAGCAUUCAAAAACCCAUGUCUUUUUCCGUUGUUUGGUAGGCUAGCUUAGUCUCUGUUGCAGUUCCAGUGUCCCCCCUUGUGUUGUGCUGUAGAAACGCCGGAAAAUUGCUUCAGACUUCUGCCUGCUGCGAAUUAGCAGCGGAUGCUGGUGGCGAAUAUUGUUAUGUAUUUUGUGUCUGUUGAUGAAUGUUGUGGUGAUUUUGCUA